ACGGAUCGCCAUGUUCUCGUACUGAAACAUUAGCAAUGUUAUCAUUACAAAUCAAAGAGCGAGCUGAAACCAUCUAAAUGUGCACCCGCACAUGAAACCCAGUGGACAGUUUCAUUUAUUCAUUUAAAUAUCGACUUUUGUCCUGUAUCUGUGGAUUUGUGUUAAAUGUUAGCAACCGUUCGUUAUCAUUUGUUGUGGACCCGAGUCAAACGUUAGCCUACGGUAAAAAAAAAAAAAAAAAGGCGUCAUGCUAACAUAUUUUUAAUUAAUGUUUCUGCACCUGCUGUCGAUGCAUUCUGCUGUUUUUCAAAGUUUGCAUAAAAUACAAUCACUGAAAACAAUCAAACUAUCUCUGGCCCCAUCACCCGGAUCACCGUAGGCCUCUGAGAUGGCUGCUGCAGGAGCUGCAGCAGGACCAAGCACCUCCGAUAAUAUAGAUUUAUACGGCGAUCUUCAUCAAGACGACGAGACAUGACUUAGAUGCUACAGGAUUUAGACAGAAUUGCCGAAGCAAAUGAACUUUUUGAUGCUGUACUCACCGGCUCAGUCAACCAGGACAAGAAAGCAACUAAAAAAGUGCUGCCUCCAAAAGAGGAGCCUGCUGGAAAGGAGGAUGCAUCAACAACAAUAGUUAAAAGCCAGAAAGAAGGAGCCACGCAAAGGAGGCUGGCUUUAUAUAUAGGCAAUUUCCCCUGGUGGACAUCAGAUAAGGAUCUCAUAAAUAUGGCUCAAAGGCUUGGUGUAAGGGACAUCACAGAGAUCAAAUUUGCAGAGAACAGGGUAAAUGGCCAGUCAAGAGGCUAUGCAGAAGUGGUUGUAACCUCACAGGAUUCAUUCAAAACAUUGUUGGAAAAAAUACCUCAGUGUGAACUCUACGGGACUCGGAUAGACUGUCGCUUUGCCACUCACCAGAAUCUCAGCAUUUUCGAGGACACUGCAAAUAAACGUAUACCCCUGCGUGCUCACGUCAAAGAUUCUAAAGACUCUGAUUCUCCAGAUAAGAUUCCAUCAUUGUUAUCACAGGAGUCCAGUCCUCUGCUUUUUCCACCACCAAACUCGUUUCCCCCAUUACCCAGCCCUUUCCAUAAUCAGCCACCUCCUCCUUUUCUACAUAUGCCACCAAACAUCCCUCCACCAUUUCCACUCCCUUUGUUUCCUCCUCCUCCUGUCCAUGCUCCAAGUCAACCGUCUCCUAGUCUUCAUUUAAAUCCAGCUUUUUUUGCACAAGAUGGGCACAGCAGCAAAAGUUACAACCAACAAAAAAACACAUGUCAGAGUACAGAUGCAGAUUUUGAGGAGCUUAUGAACAGAAAUCGAGCUGUCGCCAGCAGUGCCAUCACCAAGGCUGUGUCGGGAGCAACAGCUGGAGACUUGCGAGUGGCCAUGGAGACUCUACUAACUGCCAUUGCCAUCAUAAAGCAGUCCAGAGUGUAUGGAGAUGAGCGCUGCCAAACACUGGUCACCUCACUCAAAGAUUGUCUGGUCUCUAUCCAGGGCAAUUAUGGAUACAGGAGCGGCAGUCGUUCUGGGGAUGAAGACAGAGACCGGGACAGGGGUCGGGACAGAGAACGAGAUCGGGACAGAGAACGAGAUCGGGACAGAGAGCGAGAUCGGGACAGAGAUCGCAAUCGAGAUCGGGACCGAGAUCGUGACAGAGACGAUCCGUCUGGUUGGGACAGUGCAGGAAUGUCUCGAAGACACAGAGAACGUUCCUGGAGUGCAGAGAGGGACAAGGAACGCUCACGGGAACGAGAUCGACACAGAGAUCACAGAGACCGAUAUCGCUGAACUGACUGAUGAAGAAAGUGUGAAACAGAGCAAAAACAGACUCUUAACUACACCAAGCUGUAUAAUAUUAGGAAUAUGAGGUGAGACUGACAUUGUAAUUCCUAAAGUGUUCUUGAUUUGUUUUGCCCCUUAGUUGUCUGUAAAUAUUUUGUCUUUUAUUUGCUCUAAACAUUGUAGAUUUAUUGCUUGGACACUGAAAUCCAAGGCUUGCAUGCACGGGAUGACCUCUUAACAUACAUACUACAGUGCAAUGUUUUCAUCACUUUUUUGUAUAAACUUACAAAGUAAACACAUUCCUGGAAAAUGUGGUUCCACUGUUUCUUUUUUCUAUCAUAAACCAAAUCAACCUACUAAAAAUCAGAAAAAAUGAUCAGUAUUAAACUUAAAUUUGCCAUAACACAUUUAUCAUUAAACUUUUCUUGAGACAGUUCAUUUUAUGUUAUCUGACCUUUUAGAAGAUGUGAUCAGAGUCACUUAAACUUGAUUA